UAUUGUAGAGUUAUAGUAAUCUGUACAUUAUUAUAAAUAUUUAAAGGCGACGAUGGCAUGGUAUAGCUUGCCGCGGGUAAAUAAGUGCUGUGGCUGCGUCACUGAUUUAAGAACAGCGACCGCUAUUAUUGCUGUCCUUGGUAUAGUAACAAGUCCGGCAGUGUCCUGGGCAGUCGUACGACACGCGUACGUGAUUCGAGUGUCAUGUUUUGUGACCACUAGUGCUGCACGACCUGAUGUCGUUGAUGUUAAUCUCAACCAUAUUUUAAGUUUUGGCUUUGGUGCAAAUGCUGGUCUUGGGCCAUCUUGUCUGGCUCCUAAAAAUAGAAAUGCAACAACUGAAAGACCCAUAACAUUAAUCCUACGGAAUAAUGAAUUAGGGACGGAAGGCUCUAGUUUUGUAACAAGCGUUCGAUGGAUCGGCUGGCUCGUGCUCAUUGUGGAUAUCAUCUUUCUAGGUUUUAGCAUUUAUUUGCUCUACAAAAUUUUUAGGCCACCAGACAAAAGGGCAGCUAUGAGGUUCAUGAUAUCAUGUAUCAUAGCAAUUUUAUUUUCAUUUGUCUACGGCAUGUUGUACGUAGCGGCGUGUUUGGCAGUUGGGGGAGCGUUCCCUAUUUUCGAGUUCGUCUUUUGUCUAAUCGAUGUCAUGAGUAAGUUUAAUAUAAUGUAAUUUGGGCUGUAGUGCAACUCAUAAACAACAACAUUUUUUGUUAUUCAUUUAUUGGUGAAAGAUGAUUUCCAUUCACAAUUUGAAAACUGAACUGUAAGUCGAUUAUUGACGCUUCUGCUUUUAUACCACUAAUAUUUAGAAAUACAUAUUACUAGUUUAUGUUCAAGUAGAUUCAAAACAGUUGCAAUACACCCUAAGUUACAUAAGGUAAGGUGCAUAUAUCAAUACUUUCACGAGUGUAGUUUCUUAAUUAAAUAGUGUAUAAGGAGAAAAUGCUAUCUACUUCAUCCCUUUAGCUCCUAAAGGCGGUUUAUAAUAAGUCGAGUCAUAAAAUGAAAAGCCACUGGCAAACUGUGUGUAAACAGCAACUUACAUGUAAUGCUACCUGCGUGUAAAGCCAUUAAGCUUCAUAGUGAAGUACCUAUGUUAAUGAAUUAUGCAUUCGGUAUUUAUCUAAGAACGUGACUCCAUAGUAAAUUAAAUACCUAACGAAUUAUUUUCCAUUUAGUAUUAAUUCAAAAG